CGCUCCGGCGGGGGGGGCGCCCGCGGAGCCGGGCGGGGCCGCGCCGCACUACAAGUCCCAGGGAGCGGCGGGAGCUCCUGCCGGAGCGGGGCUGUCGGAGCUGCUCGUACGGUGCAGAGCCAGGUGACGCGGCGGUGGCCUCGGAAGCAUGUGGCCGUGGCUCCGGGGGCCCUGAAGACCGCCUGGCUCGCGGGGAGGAAUGCUACGGUGGGCAGUGCACUUGGAAGGUGGGCCACGGAGGGUGAACCACGCGGCCGUGGCCGUGGGCCACAAGGUCUACUCCUUCGGUGGGUACUGCUCUGGAGAGGACUAUGAGACCCUGCGGCAGAUCGACGUCCACGUUUUCAACGCAGUGUCUCUGCGCUGGAUCAAGUUGCCUCCGGUGUGGACAAACAGCCGAGACCACGUGAGGGAGGUGCCCUACAUGAGGUAUGGACACUCAGCAGUGCUCAUCGACGACACCGUCUACAUUUGGGGUGGUCGCAACGACACGGAGGGAGCCUGCAAUGUGCUCUAUGCUUUCGAUGUCAACACGCACAAGUGGUUCACGCCAAAGGUGUCUGGAAUGGUCCCAGGGGCGAGAGAUGGGCACUCAGCUUGUGUCCUGGCAAAGAGCAUGUUUAUCUUUGGAGGCUAUGAACAGCUGGCUGACUGCUUUUCAAAUGAUAUCCAUAAAUUGGACACCACAAACAUGACGUGGACCUUAAUCUCUGCCAAGGGUACCCCAGCUCGCUGGAGAGACUUUCAUUCAGCUACCAUCAUUGGAACAAAGAUGUACGUGUUUGGUGGCAGAGCUGAUCGUUUUGGGCCGUUUCAUUCCAACAACGAGAUCUACUGCAACCGCAUUAAAGUGUUUGACACAGAAACCAACUCCUGGCUGGACUCCCCUCCCACUCCUGUGCUCCCGGAGGGCCGGCGGAGCCAUUCAGCCUUCAGCUACAACGGGGAGCUAUAUGUAUUUGGUGGCUACAAUGCACGCCUGAACAGACACUUCCAUGACCUCUGGAAAUUCAAUCCAGUUUCUCUUUCUUGGAGGAAGAUUGAACCCAAGGGAAAAGGGCCAUGUCCUCGCCGCCGGCAGUGCUGCUGCAGAGUGGGGGACAAAAUCAUCCUCUUUGGAGGUACCAGCCCAUCUCCGGAGGAGGGAAUGGGUGAUGAAUUCGACCUGAUGGAUCACUCAGAUCUCUACAUCCUCGACUUCAGCCCCAGUCUGAAGACGCUGUGUAAGCUAGCAGUGAUUCAGUACAGCCUGGACCAGUCCUGUCUUCCCCACGACAUCAGAUGGGAGCUCUCAGCCAUGACAACCAACAGCACCAUCAGCCGCCCCAUUGUCUCCAACCAGGGCUGAAGACAGCUCGUCCUUGUACCACCCUGCCCUCACCCCUCCACAUGCUGACCUCUUGCUCCACUGCCUGCAUGAAUUUUUAGCCCUUUUCAAGCAA